CGAGGAAAGACCAGAGCCUGUUGGGUGAUGGAAAAGCAAUUACAUCAAGGUUCAGAAUGACAAAGAGAGAUAAGUGUCCACCAAACACAUUUAUCAAUAAACCUCUAGAAAUUGCCCAAAUCAGCCGUUUGCGGAAAGCAUCGAUGGCUGGGCCAAUGCCCGCAGUCAAGAUGGCGGAGUGGGACUGCCUGAUCCAAGUGUGACUCUAACCAUUUGAGGAACCGCUGAACUGUUUUCCAUUUUACCUUUUUACAUGUGAAUGUCCAUUGCCUCCGCGUUGAAAAGACUGUCCUUGCCCUGUGGAAUUGCCUUGGCACCCUGGGGAAAAUCAGUUGAUAAAUGACUAUGGCCACUCAGGAAGCCACUCCAGGUAGCCAGUCAGAGGAGAGCAGUGCCUUGGACCUGCCAUCAGCUUCUGACAUACGGGAUUACGUGUUGCGGAGAUGCAGCCAAGAGGCCAACAGUGAGGCUCUCAGUUCCGAGGAAGCCCUUCCUAUGCCUUGCUCUUCUGAUGUGGAUCCAGACACCUGUAACCUAAAUACUGAACAAAAUGAUUCCUGGACCUCUGAGAACUCCUGGCUUGACCCUUCUGUGAAGGGCCAACCAGACACCAAGACAGAGGAUGCUGAACUUCAGAAAUCUCUGGACAGAUUCUAUGAAGUGUUUGGCCAUCCACAGCCAGCCUCUGGAAAUUCACUCUCCACAUCUGUCUGCCGGUGCCUGUCUCAGAAAAUCAGUGAACUGAAGGGCCAGGAGAACCAGAAGUACACCCUCCGCAGUUUUCAAAUGGCCCAGGUCAUCUUCAACCGGGACGGCUGCUCCGUCUUACAGAAACAUGCCAGGGAUGCGCACUUCUACCCACCCAGAGAAGAAAAUGCAUCUCUGAAGGAUGAAAAGCUGACCCCAGGACUUUCUAAAGAAGUUAUUCGUUUCCUCUUGCAGCAGAACGUGACGGAAGACCCGUAACGGGCAACUGGGGGCGAGAGCAUGCGUGGGGGCAGCCUGUGGCUGAUGCUGUUGGUGCCUCACCCAGAAGCCCUCGGGCCUCUCGCCAGCUCUGUGUGCCCAGCCUCUGGCUGACUGCUCUGCAGGCAAAGGCUGGCAUCUGCGACCUGGUCCUGGAGCCAGUUUGGCCCAAAUGGAGAGCCCGCAGUCCCUGAGGAUUUUAUUGCCUCCACGGCCACCCCAUCUCCUACCCCCCCAACCCCUUGACCUAAGGCCAGUGACCAACUGGUUUGGGAGUCCAAAAGCCCAGCUUCCUUGUCUGCAGGAAGGACAAGCUCUGAGACAUGAUUCAAGCCUCCGCCUGAUCAGGCCAAGGCUGGGCUUCGCAUGAAAUCUCACUCUCGCCUGGCUCCUUCCUUCCCCUGUCCUUCUCCCACUCAUUACUGGUGUCUCCUGGGAGCGUUUCCUUAAUAAAUCUCUUGUACCUGAACCCUUGACUUGGAGCCUACUUCUGGAAGAAACUGAUCUAAAAGAACAAGCUUCCAUUCAAUGAGUUUUUUGAAGGAUACAAUGCCUUAUGCUGAAUUAAGUAUAAGAAUUUUAUCAAGUUGUAAAACUGUCACCAUGUGAUUGAGAAUGCAUGUCUCCCAAUAAUGAAGACUUAAAUAUGGUUCCAGGGGACUUCCCUGGUGGUGCAGUGGUUAAGAAUCCACCUGCCAAUGCUGGGGACAUGGGUUCGAGGCCUGGUCUGGGAAGAUCCCACAUGCUGUGGAACAACUAAGUCCGUGCACCACAAAUACUGAGCCCAUGUGCCACAACUACUGAAGCUGAUGCACCUAGAAGCCCAUGCUCCACAACAAGCCCACUUCAAUGAGAAGCCCUCACACAGCAACAAAGAGUAGCCUCCACUCAAGGCAACUAGAGAAACCCUGCGGGCAGCAACAAAGAUCCAAAGCAGCCAAUAAAUAAAUAAAUAAACUUAUAAAAAAAUAAAAAAUAAAAAUAAAUAAAUAUGGUUCCAAAAUGGACAUCACAUCUUAAUCACACCUUUGCCUCUCCAAAGCCAGAGUUUCCUGUUUUAUAACAUUAAAUGUGUAUGGAAGGAACAUUUGAACCACCUAAAAUAACAGCUAAGAUUCACAAAUUUUUUUUUUAAAAAGUCUUUUCAUCUCCACCAGAUUGUAAAUGUGAAAGGUGAGAAGAAACAAAUGUGCACCACCCACCAAAGUAUGUGCGAGCUCACUCAUGAUAUGCUAGGCUGACACAUGCGGCUUGUCGGUUUGUGGUGGAGGAAGAGGAAUCCUUUGUCCAAGUGGACUCCUUUCUCAUUAUUUUUGCUUGCUGCCUGGCUGCUUGCUGCCGGCACCCUCUGUCACUCUCUGAAUGGCUGGCCCCUCACCCCUGUCCUGCCAUUGCUUCACCCGGGAGCAGCUUUAUUUUUAUUUUAUUUUAUGUUAAAAAUUUUUUAAAAAUUUUAUUGGAGUAUAGUUGAUUUACAGUGUUGUCUUACUUUCAGGUGUACAACAAAUCAGUUAAACAUAUACAUGUAUCCAAUCUUUUUUAGCUUAUUUUCCCAUAUAGGCCAUUACAGAGUAUUGAGUAGAGUUCCCUGUGCUAUACAGUAGGUCUUUAUUAGUUAUCUAUUUUAUAUAUAGUAAUAUGUAUAUGUCAAUCCCAGUCUUCUAAUUUACCCCUCCCCGCACUUACCCCCUGGUAACCAUACAUUUGUUUUCUACAUCUGUAACUCUAUUUCUGCUUUGUAGAUAAGUUCAUUUGUACCCUUUUUUUAGAUUCCACAUGUAAGCGAUAUGAUAUGAGAUUUAUCUUUCUCUGUGAGUUACUUCACUCAGUAUGACGAUCUCUAGGUCCAUCUAUGUUGCUGCAAAUGGCAUCAUCUCAUUCUUUUUUAUGUGGAGCAGCUUUCAAUGCCUGAACAGGCCUGCGCUGGCAGGUCCUCUGCUCCUCAGCUGUAUCCUGAAUGUUCAUUCGAGAGUCGGUUGUUAGAAGGACAUCUGCUAGCACUGAGCUCCCUGAAACUGUAAUCAGAAGCCUCACACUGAUCUCUCCCUCAAAGGUCCUUCGAACAAACUGCACAGACAGAAAGGGCUCCAUCACUUGGCUGGAGGAACAACGAGAGAGGCUGGCAACACUGAGCAGUUAGGUUUGGGGAAACUCGAGGUGAAAUUGGCACAAGACUCCAUGCGAUUUCCAGAAAGCAGGUUAUGCAAACAGAUCAGCCUACGCGUGUACGUUAGCAACGAGGGAGCCCUCUCAAGCCAAGUCUCUUGGGGACUACUGACUGGAGAAAGAAAAGCCUUUUAAAAGUCAGGAAUUACCUACUAAGGCUUCCAGUUCUGGGACGAUCAGAGGUAGAAAGAGUAUCCACCUCAAAGCGCAGGCACCACUGGAAGGAGACCUAACAGGAAGGAAAUAGGAAACAAGCAUGCCUUUGCUAAAACAAGACUCCAGAUCUUCCUCUGACAAGCAGUCAUCUGCAUUUUCUCCAAUUCAGCUGCCCCCAGCCCAAUAAUUGUGAAACCAGGGGGACUUAUAAUUGAACAUCUACAGGUUGAAUUUUGAAGUUGCUAGUUUUAUUGUUUUUUGAUAUGAAGCAAAUAGAUGGCUGCCCUUGAGUGCUGUAGUUUUUAGCAUUAUUCAGUCACUGAAAUAUUGGAGAUUAAUUUGCAUGGCUACCAGCAGAAGGAAACUGGAUUAUUUUAUACUGUUUUUAAAGGACAAAGGAUGCAAACUAUUUGAGUUUCCAUGCUGGGAAGCAGCAGCUUCUAUUUGGCAGUGAGAUUUUAGUUUCAGUGACUUUGUAACCUUUAUUAAUAUCAGUGCUGUGGGUGUUUGGAAAAAAGUAACCUCUGAAAGCAGAGAAUUUAGAUGUCUAAAAGCCAGAAUCACCUUAGGGUAAAAAAGGAGUGUGGUGUGUGUUUGCCUGCAUCUGAAUAAGUGCUUGUGACAGGUCAUACAAAAUAUUUGAUUCCCUGCAACCUCACUCCUUAAUUUGAUCUUCAUGAGGUUAGGAUGGCAUUUUCCACUUAUCUCCAUUUACCUUUAAUAAAGACUAAGCUAUGAAGAUAUUAAGGCUCUGGCCUCUGGCAUCAUUGUCUAAUUCUGCCCUACAGAUCACUUCACUGACAUCUUCUCCUCCUGUGAACGUUCUAUCUAGGAUAUCAUCUGCGGCCCAUUUCAGAGGUCCAUGGGAGGAUGGAUAUGCUUGCAGGAACCUCAGAGCUCUAAGGAAGAGAACUGCUACCAGUGUUUUAAGUUUGUGUAACUGUUAUUCGGUUCAUUAGUCUGUAUCUUUGCAUGACCUCUGUAUGUAAUUGAUUUUAUUAUUGGUAAUUAGCACAAAACAAUACAGUGGACCUAAAAAACUUUUAAAACUUUUUUUAAACUUUUUAUUGGUUAUCAUCACACAGAAAAGUAUUUAUAAGUGAACAUCUUGAAGAUUUUUACAAGUUUGUAAAAACCCACACGUCAACGAGCAUCCUGCUGAAGCAACAGACAUC